CACUUUUGUAUUCAAAAUAGUGCCCUAUCUGGCAAUCGCCAUGGCGACGAAAGGCGAUGUCGAGAUGGCAGAUGUAGCUGCUAAAGUGCAAGAUCCACACGACUAUGCGGAUUUGCUUCAAACGAACUACAGCGACGCGUUCGCGUUUUCCGAGUCCGAGGAGCUAGCCCUCGAGCUCUACGACCAGUUGCGGGAACUCGAGCUGCAACAGAGCCUCCUUCAGGCACAGCAGUCAGCUACACCUGACAUCUUGGCGCUAUCAGAUGACGCUCUGCAAGAGCAGCUGACCAUCGCCCAGCGUGAGGCGAUGGAAGCGAAGGCAGAAUAUGAGAUACGCAACAGGAUCACCCACAACGUGAUCGUAAUGGAUCCGGUGCUCAAAGCAGUCCACGGGGGCGAGCAUACGGGAUACGCAGAAAAGCGCAUAUUACCGUUAAUUGCGGAAAACGACACUAUUUCUAUGGUCCAUGGUUCGCUAGCCUCAAAGCUUGCUUCUUCUACUCGUGCCUUAAGCACCGUAGAGCAAGCGAACAUUGUCGCAAACCAAAAGAACCGGGAGCUCUCGCGGAUGAUGCUUGCUCUAGCCGAGGAUAUGAAAUCAAAAUCGGCAAAGGACAUUGAGGAUCCACGACUACGCGACCAGGUUGAUGCCGUUGAGAAGGAGCUCAAAAAAUCAAGAAGCAGGACGAAGACAUUGAAGGGAAUACUUUCUGCUAUGAUUGUCGGGAGCGGGAUCAACUGGGCAGCAGACGAGGGCUUGACCGAGCUUGUCAUGGACGACGAAGAAGACGGAUGAAUGUGUGAUGACGAGUUGGCUGAAAUAGUAAGCUUCAAAAUAAUCGCUGGGGUUGAUCCAUCCCGGCCUACCACGCCGCCAUACCUGAUAUCGAGUACGAGCAAAUCGCAAACUCAAGAUGCUCAAUCUGCGCCUCCUGACACACAUGUGGAAGUCGUUAUAGAGAUAUUGAACACUUAAACGCAGAGGGUGCCUUCAACUGGUUCUGACUACCUGGGUACACAUAAGUUCUCAGUGUGCACAUGUAUAGCUUAGAGCCAAAUAACAGUGUUGAUACAAUCGAUAUGAGCGUUCCUGAUAGCUUGAGACUACUUGUAGAGGUAACAUGUUCCGAGCCUUGGUAAGAACACCACCACCUAUUCG